GGAAACCUCAGCUGUGGCCGGGCCCACGAGUGCCGUCUUCACAUUGUAACCUGCCGACGUCAAGCAUGGGCAAAGGGUGUGGCGGUGAGAGCGGUAGCAAGCGAAAGAAGAAGGAGAAAGACUUGGAUGAGCUGAAGAAGGAGGUGGACUUGGAUGACCACAAAAUAUCCGGGGAUGAGCUGGGACAACGGUAUGGAGUGGACCUUGCACGGGGCCUGACCAAUGCCAGAGCUGCGGAGAUUCUGGCCAGAGACGGCCCCAACGCGUUGACUCCCCCACCCACCACCCCGGAGUGGGUCAAGUUCUGCCGUCAGCUGUUUGGUGGAUUCUCCAUCCUGCUCUGGAUUGGAGCCAUCCUGUGCUUCCUGGCCUACAGCAUCCAGGUGGCCACAGAGGACGAACCGGUCAACGACAACCUCUAUCUCGGUGUGGUGCUGGCAGCGGUGGUCAUCAUCACAGGCUGCUUCUCCUACUUCCAAGAAGCAAAGAGCUCUCGAAUUAUGGACUCCUUCAAGAAAAUGGUACCACAGCAAGCGAUGGUGAUCCGUGACGGGGAGAAGAUGCACAUCGAUGCAGAACUCGUGGUGCUCGGGGAUUUGGUGGAAGUCAAAGGGGGGGACCGGAUUCCAGCUGACCUCCGAGUGGUCUCCGCCAGCGGAUGCAAGGUGGACAAUUCCUCACUGACGGGAGAAUCGGAGCCUCAGACUCGCUCUCCGGAGUACAGCCACGAGAAUCCUCUGGAGACCCGCAACAUCUGUUUCUUUUCCACCAACUGUGUUGAAGGUGCAGCCCAUGGCAUCGUGAUCGCCACCGGUGACCGGACGGUGAUGGGUCGCAUUGCCACGCUGGCGUCCGAGCUGGAGGUCCGGCGGACGCCCAUCAACAUUGAGAUUGAACAUUUCAUCCACAUCAUUACUGGCGUGGCCGUGUUCCUGGGUGUGACCUUCUUCAUCCUGUCCCUCAUCCUGGGAUACACCUGGCUGGAGGCCGUCAUCUUCCUCAUCGGCAUCAUCGUGGCCAAUGUGCCUGAGGGACUGCUGGCUACUGUCACUGUGUGUCUGACGCUCACUGCCAAACGAAUGGCCAAGAAGAACUGCCUCGUGAAGAACUUGGAGGCCGUAGAGACUCUGGGCUCCACCUCCACCAUCUGCUCCGACAAGACGGGCACGUUGACCCAGAACCGCAUGACUGUGGCCCACAUGUGGUUCGACAACCAGAUCCACGAGGCAGACACCACUGAGAACCAGGCUGGUCUGGGUUUUGACAAGAGCUCUAGUACUUGGGAUGCUCUGUCUCGCGUGGCUGGUUUGUGCAACAGAGCUGAAUUCAAAGCUGGACAGGAGAGCUUCCCCAUCCUGAUGAGGGACACGGCAGGGGACGCGUCAGAGUCGGCUCUGCUCAAAUGCGUGGAGCUGUGCUGCGGGAGCGUCCGCAACAUGAGAGCCAGGAACCCCAAAGUGGCGGAGAUCCCCUUCAACUCCACCAACAAGUACCAGCUUUCUAUCCACGAAAUGGAGGACAAUCCCUCUGGCCAUCUCCUGGUCAUGAAGGGAGCACCGGAGCGAAUCUUGGACAGGUGCAGCACCAUCAUGAUUCACGGCCAGGAGCAGCCACUUGACGAUCACUGGAAAGAAGCUUUCCAGAGUGCCUACAUGGAGCUGGGAGGACUGGGAGAGAGAGUGCUCGGCUUCUGCCACGUGAAUCUGUCUCCAUCCCAGUUUCCACGUGGCUUCGACUUCGACUGUGACGAAGUGAACUUCCCCUGUGAGCAGCUCUGCUUUCUGGGGCUCAUCGCCAUGAUUGAUCCGCCACGUGCCGCUGUGCCCGAUGCUGUGGGUAAAUGCCGCUCUGCUGGCAUCAAGGUGAUCAUGGUAACCGGGGACCACCCGAUCACCGCCAAAGCCAUCGCUAAAGGUGUGGGCAUCAUCUCCGAGGGCAACGAAACGGUUGAAGACAUCGCUGAGAGACUGAACAUCCCCCUGAGCCAAGUCAACCCCAGGGAUGCCAAGGCUUGUGUGGUGCACGGCUCGGACUUAAAGGACAUGAGCGCUGAGUACCUGGACGACCUGCUGAGGAACCACACUGAGAUAGUUUUUGCUCGCACCUCCCCUCAGCAGAAGCUCAUCAUUGUGGAGGGCUGCCAAAGACAGGGGGCAAUCGUGGCCGUGACUGGCGACGGAGUGAAUGACUCUCCAGCACUGAAGAAAGCCGACAUCGGUGUUGCCAUGGGGAUCGCCGGUUCUGAUGUGUCCAAGCAGGCAGCUGACAUGAUCCUUCUGGACGACAACUUUGCCUCAAUCGUUACUGGAGUGGAAGAGGGUCGUCUCAUCUUUGACAACUUGAAGAAGUCCAUCGCGUACACAUUAACCAGCAACAUCCCAGAGAUCUCGCCCUUCCUGCUCUUCAUCCUUUUCAGCGUUCCUCUUCCUCUGGGAACCGUCACCAUCCUGUGCAUUGACCUGGGCACGGACAUGGUCCCGGCCAUCUCACUGGCCUACGAGACGGCAGAGAGCGACAUCAUGAAGCGGCAGCCGAGAAACCCCCAAACCGACAAGCUGGUCAAUGAACGCCUCAUCAGCAUGGCGUACGGACAGAUAGGAAUGAUGCAGGCCGUGGCUGGUUUUUUCGCCUACUUUGUGAUUUUGGCUGAGAACGGCUUCCGCCCGAGCCGCCUUGUAGGCAUCCGAAUCGACUGGGACGACCGUGAGAGGAACGAUCUGGAGGACAGCUAUGGCCAGCAGUGGACCUAUGAGCAGAGAAAGAUUAUCGAGUUCACCUGCCACACAGCCUUUUUCACCAGCAUUGUGAUCGUCCAGUGGGCGGAUGUCAUCAUCUGCAAGACCAGGAGGAACUCUCUCUUUCAACAAGGCAUGAAAAACAGGAUCCUGAUCUUUGGGCUACUCGUUGAGACAGGUCUGGCUGCCUUCCUCUCCUACUGCCCUGGAAUGGACGUGGCCCUGCGCAUGUACCCCCUGAAGAUCAUGUGGUGGUUCUGCGCCCUCCCCUACAGUCUUCUCAUCUUCAUUUAUGAUGAAGUUCGCAAAUACAUUCUGCGGAGGAGCCCAGGAGGUUGGGUGGAGCUGGAGACAUAUUAUUAACAUUCAGAAAAUGUCAGUUUAAACUGUGCGUCUCUCUGUGUGUGUGUGUGCAAGCAUUUGUGUGUUUGCUGCUUGUAACUUGUAACUGUACGUGUAUCUGUCAUUUGUAAUAUUGCAUGGAUCAGUUCACAAAUCUGAUUAUCAUAAAAUGCAGCUGAAAAUAGACUUUUUAUUGUGCCUUGUUUAUUUCUUUUCAUUCUUUUAAAAUCAGAAAUCAUUUUCAGCAGAACAAAAGCCAUGUGCACCUUUUGUGCCUUAUAGAAAUUGUUACCACAGUGAUUUUAAUCUGCGUAGCCUGCUUGGCUGUGAAGCAACACCAAACAUUGCUCAUCUUGUUAAUUUUACCAAAUAAAGUCUGUUCCUAAAUGUG